AUGUCAAAAAAGAAGCAAACAAAUGGUGUAUCUACUACGGCUGUUGAUUCUAGGGAAGAGGGUCCGCUCUUUGUAGCUCCCAGCACUGAUUCCAUUAGUAUGCUAUUAAAGCCGCAAUUAUUUGGUAUAUAUGAUGAGGAGAUUGUAGAGAGUGAAGAUACGGAAAUUUACGAAGAGGCUAAAAAAUCUGCAGGCAGGGCACUUGAUGAAUCUGCCCUCGCAGCAGCAGCAGCAGCAGCCCCGCGUUCUACAUUACAGAAGUAUAUUCACUACGUUUGUUCGCUGGUUGUUCUGGGUGUUUCAGGUAUUGCAUAUCAUGAAUUAAGUAGGAACUUACAUGACAAUCAUUUAUUACAUGAGGAACUAGCAUCGAGGCCCUUAGUGUUAGGUGUUAAGGUAUGUCAACAACUGAGUUUCGGAAUAUUGCCGAUGUGGGCUGGCUAUGCAGUAGAGGGAAUCUUCUUUGGAUCUUUGUUGCCAAUAGUAGAUUAUUGGCGGGGCAUUUCAGUGGGCAAGGUUAAUCUUUCAAGUGUUCUACGUGCGAUCAAUGCGAUCAUGGGUGUCUCUUUCGGUAUCCGGAGAGUCGAAUGGUCAUCGUCGUUACAAGCCAGUGGCGCGUGGCUUCUACUAGACGGCAUUAUAUGGCUGCUUUUUGAUGGUUCGUUUUCGGUAUUUCUACUGGGAUUUGGGAUCGGGUUGGUCACUGUAAUAACGUGCUAUGACGAUAUUACUCAUUUUGCACAAUUGUUAUACUUUAUCGAUUUCUACUUUCUUGGAUUAUUGUAUUUUGGAAAAUUGGGAAGAUAUUUAAACCAAAACUGA